GGCCAGUAUAUACACAUAGCGCAAAACAAUGUGGGGGCUAGUUUGACCGCAGUUCCGGGGGGGUUUAUUAGCAGUUACAGGCUAAACAGAGAAUAUUGUGUUGUUUUGGUUUCAGACAAUACUAACUACCAAACGACUGUCUUCACUCGUAGUUAAUUAAGUGAAGAUACUCACGGAAUAUCGUGUGCUUCGCUUGUUUAGCGGUAUCAUUUCAGGUCCCAGAAAACAGUAUAAGUCAAGUCGUCAUGCAGCAGUCAGAGAAGGACGCUGAGGAAGAGGCGACGGUAGAUGUCCAGUUUACUGAUUUACCAAACGCCCUUAUCGCCUGCAAAGUACCGGAGGAUUUAUUCAACGAAGGGACACGGCAGGCCAGCUUUGAGGCCUUGUUCCGUUCAUUCGACCCAGAGGUUCAGUUCCAGUACUUCAAGUCUUUUCGUCGGGUCAGGAUAAGUUUCAAUGAUGCUCUUGCUGCAGCUGAGGCAAGACUCCGACUGCACAAGACUGACUUAAAUGGCAAAGAGAUGAGACUCUACUUUGCUCAGUCUGUUCACAUAGGGAGUCCUCGGCUGGAGCCUCCCAAACCUGAGAAGCAGUUCCUGAUAUCCCCCCCCGCCUCGCCUCCAGUCGGCUGGGAACAGUCUCAGGACGCCACCCCAGUCAUCAACUACGACCUGCUGUGUGCCAUCUCAAAACUAGGACCAGGGGAAAAGUACGAGCUCCAUACUGCCACUCCCACUACCCCCAGCGUGGUUGUCCACGUCUGUGAGGACGAGCGUGGCGACAGUUCAGCCCAGGACGACAGUGACCAAGAUGACAAGCCCCGCCCUUCACGGCCGAAGAUCAUCCAGACACGGCGCCCGGACUACACGCCCAGUGUCAAGCAGUGAACAACAAUGAGCGGGGACCGCAGUUGACAGCUGUAACAUUUCAUCUUGAAGUGAUUGGUUCAAGAGCAGAGUAUGCUCUCAGAGCUUUGAAGAAGGGUUUGGGACUUUGGGAAGGCACCCGCCGGUGCUGCGUUGUCCCGUACACGAGCAUUUCAUAAGCUGGAGAGAGAGAAAACAUAGUGUCACAUGCUGCAUUCAUGUCCCGUGGGAAAGACAGGCGAUAUGAAGUUCCUCAUGGAAAUUACUGUUGAGUUUAGUCAUCAAGUGAUACACACUGCUCGUGAAUUUGAGGUUUUGAGAUGGAACUGAAGGACAUGCUAGUUUUGAAGUGUAGGAAAUAAUGUAUUCUACUAUAAUGAUCGUGCUUAAGAAACUAUGGCAGGAGAACAUGUCUUUGCUGGAUUUUUGGUUUGUGGUUAUAUACCAUGACUGUGUGUGUGUGAGAUAAAGCUGCUAAAGGGAAAAAAAGUCUAUACAAGAUCAUCAGAGUGAUUUGAAUAUGGUUAUUCCCACAUGACAUGAAUGCAGCAUCUUUAUGACAAGUCAUGGUUGUGUUUUCCUGAAGUAGAGUUUUGGACACACACAAGGAAACAAUUUUUGAAAAGAUUUAUUUUGAUCAUAACUUUGCGACUGCUGGUGCUACACACGUCAGUCAGGUGUAGAAGUUGAAAAGGUACAUUUUACACAUUGUUAAUGUGUGCUUUUUCUGAUUUCCCUCAUUUGUGUGGUCAUUACCCAAGAGGACAUGUUGGGGCUGCAACUGCAUAUCUGUGAUGUCACAGCCUCACAUUUGCAGUUUUGUCAUGGAUGUGUAGUUAAGUCAAAGCUCACCUUAUUUACAUUUUACCGGCAAUACUCUUGUGUGUACUGCUUACACUGAAACAUUGUUCCAAAAUGAGGAGCUUGCAGCCACUGUGUUGUUCCUGUAAUGUUUUCUAAGUGUUAUUUGAGAUUAUUUGAAUUUUUAUUUUACUCUUGGGCCUGUCUGUGUUUUUGUUGUAGUGUAGUAAAGGACUGUGCUAUUUGACAUGCAAUGAAUUUCAAUGCUUUACAUUACAUUUUUGAAUGUAGGGGACACACACACACACACCAAGUUAAUCUGGGGGCUUCAACUACACUGACCAUGGUACCUUGUUGGUAAAAUAAAGGAGGAAAAAAAACAGGUCUAACUAUUUUUUGUUCAUAUUUGGGCUACUUACUUGAAAUAGUAUUAUGUUCUAUUGAGUCUUUCUUCUAAUCUGUGUGGGAAAAUACAACCAAGGUGCUGUUAUGACUCAGGGCCUCUUCUGGUGGGCCCCCAUUUAAAAAAGAUUGUAUGUUUUAUGAGGAUUAAUCCCAACCAGUGUAGUUUAUUUUGUUUUGUAUUUGUACAGGCUGGUUGUUUGUUUGUGUACAGUAUGUAGGAAAAAUGUGAACGAGAAGCAUGUGUAUGUGUAUCUUACUUCUGUUAAGACAGAUGUGUACUAUUGUCUCUCCAUUAGCAGUGGAGUUGUUAGUAAAACUUCUCUCAUUAGCAUUCAUGAUAGGUCAGAGGUAUGCAAAGAUGUUACAGACCACACUUUGGGUUAGUUUGACCUGCACCAAUAAAGAAAUGCUGCAGACGGAAAAAGUUGGCACACAUCAAAAUAAUUUAUAAAUCAUACUAGUUUUAAUCACUUGUAUAGCUUGGGGAUGUUUUUUGAGGAAACUGAUAUUUCCCAUUUGUAAAACAAAUUAUGAAAACUAUCUGGACAGAUUGUCUGUUGCAACUGUUGUCAGCUUCACAAAGAUGAUAUUUAAAACAGGAGCAGUCAUCUGAAACCUUCUACAUAAACCACUCCCUCAAAUAAUUGCACCUGUUACAUGGAUGUGCACGCAUGAAAAUAAUGAGAAAGUGAAUGAUAAGUGGGAAUCUGCGUAAAACAACCAGAGUAGAAUAUAGGAUUAGAUAAGAGAUUCAUACAAGAUUACCCUGAUGUUCCAGCACACUUUCCAUGACUGGAACAAGUCUAUUUCUUAAUUUGAACUGUUCAUGAUAUGAAUCAGAACACACCUUGUAUGUGUAUUAAGAUAGCUCUUUGUUUCUAUUGUCUUGGUGUGAACCUUUAGUUUUUAAUUCUGAGGCUAGUUGUAGUAAUCGAUAAUUGAUUGGAUAAUGUACUCACUAUUCAUUAAAAUGUCACUUUAAAUUUGUUGAA